AUGCUGUUUGUUGGCAAUAAAAUAAGAGUGACAUUAAAGCAAACAUACCAAACAGGCAAGCUACUAAUAGCAAUAAUGAGUGAUACUUCUGAAAAUUCGCGGUUUUACGCGUAUUUAUUGUUUGCUGAACACUUUACUUCGAAACUAAUUGGAUUAUCAUCAUGGAAAAUGGACACUGUCAGCAUAUUUCGCAAAAAUCUAUUCUGUACUCAAUUGACUACUUUUUCUUACAAAUUAUCAAUCAUAGGAUCAGGUUAUAACAUUCUGCUGGUUGUAUUUUAUGUUCUGUGUGAUAUUUUUAUUAUUAAGAAGAAUUUAAACGAGACAAAUAAAGCACCAGUAUCAAUAAAGUUUGCCUUUUUUUCGAUACUUUGUAUUAGUGUAAUACCGGUAAUUUACGUCAUUCGACAAAAGAUACUCAUCAGUGUUAAAAAUCAAAUCAAAGAUGUCGAUAACGAACUUAUGAGCUGCUUAGAUUAUAAACUGGUUCAAAAUAAUAUUAAUUAUUGGACAUUCAUUAUAAAUAAUGUGUUAAUAUAUUGUUGGAUUGUAUUUAUGCUAAUAUUUGAAAGCUUAUGGGUGGAAAUAAUUUCUAUGUUGAUACCAAUGAUUUUCGGAAGUAUUCUGAUAGUUCAAUAUGCAAUGAUAAUGAACAUGAUUGAGAAACGGUUCAAAAGUAUUAAUGUGACGCUUCUGAAGUUAAAAAGUUCUAUGCAUAGAACGAUUUUCAACGACAUUAGCAGCAUUAAGUUCGCAUACUUUGAACUGUGUGAUAUGUGCGAUAACACUGCUGACUUUUAUGGAAUUCCUACGUUGAUUGUAAUUAUUUUAUUUUCUAUCAGAAACAUAAGCAACUAUUAUGAGAUAAUUUUGGUAUUUCUUUCUGAAAUUGAGAUGCAAAAUUUAUUUUACUGCUCUGGAAUAUUUGCAGUGCAAACGUUUUUCUUAUUCACAACAUUGACUACUAGUGUGACGAGACUUCUGAAACAGAAUGAAGAAACGUCUAGGAUCAUCAAUCAGCUUUUGGAUCAAUUCACAAUCAAUCAAGCAAUAACAGAGAAAUUGUCCAAGUUUUCAAGUGAUCUCUGGCACAUGAAGGUAGAGUUCACACUUUGCGACAUUGUACCUUUGGAUUGUUCUCUUCUUACAAUCAUUUCUGGUACAACUGUAACGUAUCUGAUUAUUGCAGUUCAAUUUUAUCUCAACAAAACUGACCAAGAGUGA